AUGCGCAGUCAAGACUCAGAUGCUUCAUUACAAAGAUGGAUGGAAAGAUGGAAGAAUGAAGGAGAAAGAAGAGAAAAACUGUUAUUCAUGACUACUUUUAUUGAUUAUCACAGUUUGUCAAAUUGGAACACGUUAAAGAUUGAGGUUUGUUUAUUUACUUGUUUAAAUGCCCGUUAUGAUGUGAACAAAGCAUUUAACACUUAA